GAUGUAGAGUUUUCCUCCUGUGAAGUCUGGAGAUCAUAUGACAUCACAUUGCCUCCACCUCCCUCCCUGAUAGAAGAGAGAAAGAAGAAGAAGAUUCUAGAAGUCACCAGAGAGAUCACUGAGCUGCUGACAGGAGAGGUUCCUAUAAGGUGUCAGGGUGUCACUGUCUAUUUCUCCAUGGAGGAGUGGGAGUAUUUAGAAGGACACAAGGAUCUCUACAAGGACGUCAUGAUGGACAAUCAGCCGCCCCUCACAUCACCGGGUUGU